AUGUCUGCGCGUAAAGAUGUUAGUAUUUUAUGGCAUCACUUUGAGAAAGACAUUAACAGUCACAAAAUUAGUCCAGGUGUCGCAGGUCUUGUCAUUUUACAAGUAUUCCAGCUAAUGGGUACUCUUCAGUUUGCUACACAAAAGUCUCUGGACUUUGUACAGUUUCUCAUGAGUAUAGAAAGAAUGGUCGAAUUUAGUAAAAUUGAAACUGAAGAAUUUUCUGACAGCAAUAAAAAUGGCGUAUACAAAGUUCAAGCGGGUUCUUCCGGAGCAGAGAUUAUAUUUAAAAAUGUGUCGAUGUUUUACAACAAAGGAUCUUUAGUUUUAAACGAUAUAAAUGUUACUAUAUCUUCAGGAGAAAAGGUCGGGGUCGUUGGAAGAACAGGAGCAGGUAAAUCUUCUUUGAUUAAUGUUUUACUUCGACUUUCCGAAUUUAAUGGAUCAGUACUAAUCAAUGGAGUGGAUACAAGGACCAUACCAUUGGAAAUAUUAAGAAAACGUGUAUCCAUAAUACCACAGGAUCCUGUUUUAUUUACCAAUACUGUGAGAUAUAAUUUAGAUCCGUUAGGAGAGUUCACAGAUGAUAAUUUAUGGACAAUCAUUGAGGAGCCAUCUCCCGUUAACCAACCGCAAGCAUUUGUCCAUGUUCAACAACCUCCAUUUAAAUCUCAACAAUAUGCAAAUCCUAGUUUUUCGGGCUACGUUAAAAAUAGCGCACAACAGCUUCACUUUUCUCAAUAUGUACGUGAACAGCAAAAUCAAUCAAGGCCAACGCAGCAAUCAACGCCUAAACAAUCAGAUUCACAAUCCGAACUGGAUAAAGCAUCCGCAUCCCAGUACCUACAGGAAUUUAGUUACAGCGACUCUUCAGCAACUGAAACUGACCAUAGUCCGUCUAUUUCGGCUUCACGAGAUUCCUCGAUGUCUGAUCUAUUUUGA